ACCGCCCACAUCCCUGGGAAGAGUUCCAGGCGGUGAGCUGUGUGGUUAGAGUCUGCGUCCCGGACUGGGUAGUGAGAGUAAACAUGAAGGGUCCCUGCGAAGUUCAGAAGAAUGAAGAUCAAGAGGGAGAAGCUGCGGCCACUGGGCCUCAGGCAGAGACCCUGGAGGCCGAAAGGUCCUGGACUGCAGAUUCACACUCUGCUCUGGAAGCAGAAGGCACCCAUGGGCUUGGAGAACGGGUCAUGGCUACCCUCUAUCUGAAGUCUUGCCGGGCCAAUAGUGUUGUGCCAGUUUCUUGUCUUCUGCGCCAAGAGGGUGCCUCUGAAUUGAACCUUCGGCACCGUGGCCUGGGGCCCCAGGGGGUCCGGGCAUUGGCUUCCGUAUUGACCUCUAAUCCCUACAUCAAGCGUCUGGAUCUUCGGGACAAUGGGCUCUGUGGUGCUGGAGCAGAGGCUCUGGCUGAUGUCCUGCGUAAGAACAGCAUUAUCUCUGAUGUGGACCUGUCAGAGAAUCAGAUUGGAGCUGCAGGGCUCCAGGCGAUCUGCACUGCCCUUGCCUUAAACCCAACUGUUGAGAAGAUGCAGCUGCAAGGGAACAGGCUGGAGGAACAAGCAGCCCAGCACCUCGCUGCUCUUCUGCUGCAUCACAGGGGCCUGAAAUCUCUAGACCUCAGCUAUAAUCAGCUCAAUGACCUGGCAGGAGAGAUACUUGGACCUGCUGUGGCAGAAAACACAGGACUCACAGAGCUUAACCUCAGUUGGAAUCACCUGCGAGGUCUGGGAGCCACCGCGUUUGCCCGAGGCCUGGAGGCAAAUAUAUUCUUGAAAGUCCUAGACAUCUCUCAUAAUGGCUUUGGAGACUCUGGUGCCAGUGCGAUUGGUGAUGCCCUCAGGGUCAACAAUGUUUUAGAAGAACUGAAUAUGAGGAACAACCGAAUCUCCGUGUCAGGAGCCCUGAAGUUGGGAUUGGGUCUGCAAGUCAAUCAGACGCUGCGGAUUCUUAUUAUUUCCAAGAAUCCUAUUCGCAGUGACGGCUGUGUUGGCCUCCUUAAGUCUGUCCGGAACAACAAAUCAUCUGCCCUAGAACUGCUGGAUGUGUCUGUAAGAGCUUCUUGCUAGCCUCAUCCGGGAGCUGCCAGAGGCUCUCACCAUUCCUGCCUGUCUGCUGCUAUGAUCUCCGCGUGAUGGUCAUGAACUCUAAGCCUCCAGAACCGUGAGUUCCAAUUAAAUGUUUUCUUUAUAAGUUGCCAUGAUCAUGGUGCUAUUUCACAGCAAUAGAGAAGCAACUAAGACACCAAAGCUCACAAAGGGUACAAGGCCACAGUGCAAGUGACAUUAUGAUGACAUGGGAUCUUUAAGAUAGAACUAUUUGUUAGCGCACAUGUCGGGGAACAAUCCCUGAUAUCUGCAUUUCUGGUAUAGUGGAGACAACCUAACUGUAGCUGUAAGAAUGUUUAAGCAUAAACAUUUUGGGCUAGGCAACUGUGGCAAAACAAGGUCUGGUUUAGCUAGUUCACGGCUGGGGGAAGGGCACAAAUGAGGCAGGGGAUUGCUCCAGAGAAUUCUUGGCAACAUAGUGACAUCCUAUAGCCAAAAUAAUUAUAUAAUUUUUUAGGUUUAUCUGUUUUUAUUAUGAGUAUUUUUCCUGCAUGUAUGUAUGUAGGUUCACUGUCUGCAUGCCUGGAGCCCAGAGGCCAGAAGAAGGCACCAUAUACUGGAGUUACCAACUCUUGUAAGCUGCUAUGUGGUGCUGAGAAUCAAAUUUAUGUCCUCAGCAAAAGCAGCAAGCACUGUUUUGUUUUGUUUUGUUUUGUUUUGUUUAUCGAGACAGGGUUUCUCUGUAUAGCCCUGGCUGUCCUGGAACUCACUCUGUAGACCAGGCUGGCCUCGAACUCAGAGAUCUGCCUGCCUCUGCCUCCCAAGUGCUGGGAUUAAAGGCAUGCGCUACCAUGCCUGGCAGCAGCAAGCACUCUUACCUGCUCAGCCAUCCCUAGUCUUCCCUUAUUUUAUACUUUAAAGGAUUUUCAACCUUGUCUUAAUAAACAUACAAACAAAAAACACUUAAAAUUGGAAGCCUGGGAUGAGCUGAUAAAACUGUAGGAAGGGCUUACAUGAGGCUGGAGAGAUGGCUCAGCAGAUGAGAGCACUUAUUGGUCUUACAGAGGACCCAAGUUCAAUCCCUAGCACCUACACGGUGGUUCACAACCAUCCAUAACUCUAAUCCCAGGGAGUCUAAUGCCAUUUUCCAGACAUGGAUGUGGUGAACAGAUAUACAUGCAAUGAAAAAACUCAUGCAUACAUAAUAAUAAAAUAAGGAAGAGGAACAUGCUUACAUGAGACUGCAUCAGCACUGUUCUCUUCAACGCAUUGCUUUAAUAACUUAAUGGUUCAAUUCCAGCACUUGGAGGCAGGUAUAAAAGUGCACAGUUCAGAAUGAGUUCAAGGCUGUCAUCAACCAUAUAGCGAGCAUGAGGCCUGACUACACUACUCGAGACCUUGUCUCCAAAUGCAAACAAAUGAAAACAAACAACAAAAUUGAAUCAAAAGCUACACAUAGAUUAAAUAGAGUUAUCAAAAAGCAUACCCUCAUGUGAGUAAGCCAGAUCAAGAAGUCGAACACACCUGUCUUAAUUAUUUUUGUAUUGCUUAAAAACAUAAUGACCAAGGCAACUUAUAAAAAGCAAACAUUUAAUUUUGGACUCAUGGCUUCAGACAGUGAGAGACAGUGAGUCCAUGACCGCCAUGGCAGGGAGCAUGGCAGCAGGUAGGCAGGCAUGAUGCUGGAGCAGUUGCUGAGAGCUCACAUCCUUGUGCAUAAGUGUGAAGCAUGGAGAGAGCUAACUGGUUAUAGUGUGGGAUUUUGAAAACCCAACUCCCCAUCCCCUAGUGAUACAACUCCUCCAAAAAAGCUAGACCUUCCUAAUCCUUUACCAAACAAUUCAACCAACUGGGGAUCAAAUAUGCAAGUAUAUGAGCCUCCAAGGGUCACUCUUAACUUUCCUAUUUUAAUAGUUGGGGGAGGGGGGUCAUGAGAUUAUCAUCCACAAGAGAGAAAAUACCUGAAAGAGCUUCUCUGAGCCCUGGGAAUGCAAAUGAGAACAAUCAAAUCCUCAGAAGGACUAUAACCAUGUUUCAAU